CAGGGCAGCGGCCGAGGCUCGGGGGAUGGCUGCUGCCGGAUGGCUGCUGCCGGCCGCGCCCCGCCGCCAGCCGUUGGCGGCCGCGAGCGGAGCGGAGGCGGGCGGGUUUGAAAGGGAGGCGCCGGCUGCCAUGUAAGCGCUGGCCGGGCGGCGCCGCGGGCAGGAGCUGAGCUGGGAGCAACCAGCGCUCCGAGCCGGCCCGGCGGUGCCGCCCUCGCUGCGGGGAUGGGAGCGGAGCGGGGCGGCCGGCGCGGAGCGGAGCUGCCGCGCGGCGCUGAGCGGACAGGGGGGCGGCCCCCGGGGAGCCCCCGGCCCAUGGCCUUCAUCAUGAUGAAGAAGAAGAAGUUCAAGUUCCGCGUGGAGCUGGAGCUGGACGAGCUCUCCUCCGUGCCCUUCGUCAACGGCAUCCUCUUCUGCAAGGUGCGGCUGCUGGACGGGGGCAGCUUCAGCGGGGAGUCCUCCCGGGAGGUGGUACAGGCAAACUGUGUCCGCUGGAAGAAAAAGUUCUUAUUUAUGUGUAAAAUCAGUGCCAGUGCCACAACAGGGAUUCUGGAUCCUUGCGUUUGCAGAGUGUCUGUACGGAAGGAGUUAAAAGGGGGAAAGGCAUAUGCAAAGUUGGGAUUUGCAGAUCUAAAUCUAGCGGAGUUUGCUGGAUCGGGAAAUACCACUCGUCGCUGCUUACUGGAAGGUUAUGAUACCAAAAAUACAAGACAGGAUAACUCCAUUCUCAAAGUUUUGAUCAACAUGCAGCUAAUGUCUGGCGACCCAUGCUUUAAAAUGCCGCCUUCCACGGCAAUGUCGAUUGCAAUUCCUGGGGAAUCAGAAUCUUUGCAUGAAGACAGGAAAGGUGGAGAAAACUUAAAAGUGGUACAUUUGGGCAUAGCAGAUGUCUCAUCAAAGAGUGCCUCAGUCCCAGACAACCUUGGUGCAUGUGGACAUUCCAGAACAUCAAGCUAUGCAAGUCAGCAGUCAAAAUUGUCAGGAUAUAGCACAUGUCACUCCAGGUCAUCCAGUUUGUCUGAGCUCUGCCACAGGAGAAACCCCUCAGUGGGCAGCACCUCCACAGGAACUGGGAGUAUUCUAGAGCCAUGUGAAGAGGCUGAGCCAAAAGUAACUGAAGCUAGUAUUGAUACAUCUGUUAAAGAUGCACCAUCAGAAAAGCUCUGCCGACAUCCUGUGAAGCAAGACUCUGUGGAGUCACAGCUGAAGAGGGUUGAUGCUACCAGAGUUGAUGCUAAUGAUAUAGUUGAAAAAAUACUCCAGAGUCAAGACUUCAGUUUAGACUCAAGUGCAGAAGAAGAAGGUUUAAGAUUAUUUGUGGGACCUGGUGGAAGCACUUCUUUUGGAAGCCAUCAUUUACCUAACAGGAUCUGGAGCAUAUGAACAGGUCGUGAUAAAACGCUAGACUGGAAUGACAAGAUGACAACGUGGAGCUCUGGUGUUGAUACGUCUGGUUUUGUUUGCUCUGUUGCAAGAGUUGUGAAAGGCAAAAUUAACUCAAUGUGAUUUUUUUUUUUUGAAAAGUAAUGGAAUGCCUCUUGCUCUUAGAGCUUCACCUUCUGUGGUAUGACAGCAAUGUUUAGCUAUGUAUACCUUGUGCGAGCUCUUGGGCUGCUUUUGUAAGCUCUACUUCCUGUUAGUGGAAUUACUUGCUUUUUAAAUAAUUGCUUUUCUGGAAGCAUGAUUAACUGAGGGCCACUUCAGUAUUUUAUACAGGUGAUCACUUGUGGUGAUGGACCUGAAGAAAUGAAUUACUCAAUUUGAUCCUCCCUGCCAUUUUAGUCUUAGAGAAGCUAAUUACUUCUGCUAAGUCAAAAUUAAUAUCAAGUUAAAAUUAAGGCCUCCACAAAACAGCUCAGCUAUGUUUUAACAUAAAACCUUGUCUUAAGAGCACUAAGCAUAACUUAAUUGUAAUCAUGAACAGCAGAGGUGAACUUCACAUGUAUUAAAAACCAACAAACAAACCCCACUAAAUAGAUCUAAACCAGCCAGUAAUCAGUUGUGUUAAUGGUAAAUGAAGUCUAGAGGCUUAAAUGCAUCAAAUGUGACAUCUGUUUUCAGGCAAGUGACAAAAGAAGUGGGAUCACAUAUCAAAAUACUAAAGCACGGUAGUGUAUUAUCAGGAAAGCCAGCUUGAUUGUUUUAUCUGGAGUCCAAAAGCUGCUUCCACAAAAACGAAGUUCAAUAAUGCACGAACCUUUUGAUUCAAUGGGAUGGUACUGUUUACAAACCUAGUCAGUAGUUUACUGCCACUUACAACUUUUUAUUGUGGCUUAAUCCUUCACAGUUAUGGAGUGCUUUGCUUGUAUUUCAAACUUGCCUUGCGGGACCGGGGAGGUACAGGGAGAUUUAACUUUUUACUAAGCAAUUUAAGCUUUAAAGCUAGGUAAACAUCUAUGCUAUUAUUAAUAUAACUUAUUAAGAGAAGCACUUUAUUGUAGAUAUAAUCUGCGCUCUGAAAAAGUCUUACUGUGCAGUAGAUUUGUUGAACGCUUCUUCCUUCACUAUCUGCCCACUCUUAUAUUAAGGUCAAUGUACUGUGUUUAAAUUUGCACAAACAGUGAUUUGCCUGACAGGCAAGAAGGAUGAAAGAUCUCUUAACAUUUUCAUUGAUUUUUUUUAAAGGGAUGUGUUAGGUGACACAGUUCUAAUUCCGGCUUGGCUCUGCUGUAUUUAAUUGUAAACUAAAAUGACCUUGAUUUGGUUAUGAUUAGUUGUAUCAUUCAUCAGUAAGUCUUGGAUUAAAGGAAAACAAAUACUGUGGCCAUUUUUGAAAGCUCUCAAUGCUUCAAAUUCUGCUUAGAGUGAUGUUUGACAUCCUUUUAUUGAAGUAGAAGUAGGCUGCAUUUAACAGGUUAAAUUAGGAAAAGCGGGAUUUGUUUUCCAUAAAUCUAUAGUAGAGUUAUUAAACUGAUUUUUAUUUGUGUUUUUUUAAGGAAAUUUAAGAUUUUAAAACUUGACUACUGUUACUGACUAUGAUUAAUAUGAGCUAUUUCUCAGUUACGUUACUUAAACACUUUUAUUUCCUACUGUUAGUUAUAAUCUCUUUGAAGUAUUUUAAUGGUUAAAUAAUUGACACAAAGAUUAUAUCUUAUUUACUGUCAAUAGAAGUGUGGUAUUAUCCAUUUCUGUCCUCCACAGGAAUUUAAACAGAAACUACAUAACUGCUAGUAUACCACAGCAUGAUAGUUUCCUUUCCUGUUAUAUAAGUAAUUUAUACCAAAAAAAUCCUACUGCAAGCCAAAAGAUGCACGAAAUUUGAAUAAAUUAAGUUGUUUUCAGUACUCCUUAACACGGCUACACUUGUUGACAAAUCUAUUAAAACCAGUUCACUUAGGUUUACUAGGAAAAACAGCCACAGUUAGAGGAAAACAGACUUAAAAAAACCCCACAUUUUACAGCUACUUAUGUAAUUCUUAAGGGAAUUUCCACAGUCCAGAUGUGUAUUCAGUGUUAGGAGACACAGCUAACUGCUGUAGAUUAGAUAUCUUGUUUACUAGAAACUAAUUAUUUUAUUGCCUGAGAAGAUAUUUUAACUAGGAGGGAAGUUUACAUGGAAGCAAAGCUUUUAAUAAAACGGUAUUCUAGUAAUUUAUUGUUCUCACUUUGAGUUACAACUCUUAAGUGAUUCUCUAAUUAUGCAUAUUUCAAGUGGAACAUAACCUUCAUAUUUAGAUGUAGCAUUUUAUUUUUAUAAACUGUGUUGUAAGAAUACUGGAGCCUCUCAUAUAGUAAAUUGUUUGAGAUGUGUUGGUUGGGGUUUUUUUACUGUAUUUAAAUGCAAAUGUCUCAGACAUCCAAUAAACUCAUGUCUUCAGCUUGGA